GUAUUUUGUAUAAAUGGGAGGCUCACCGAGUUGUCAAAUUGCAGCAGUGGACAUGAAGGGCCCAGUUGCUGAGAAAGUCAAUGAGAAAAUUAAGAGCAAUUGUGUGAUGAUUUUCUCAAAGACCUACUGUCCUUAUUGCAAGAUAGCUAAGAAGGCAUUUAGUGAUAUCGGAGUACCAUAUGAAGUGUAUGAAAUUGAUAAGCAGCCUGAUGGUGCAGCAGUGCAAGAUGUUUUAGAUAACAUGACUGGUGCCAGAACUGUACCCAGAGUGUUUGUGGGAGGAAAGUGCAUAGGUGGAGGAACAGAAACAAGGCAACUCUACAAAGAAGGAAAAUUAGCAGAUUUGGUCCAGCAAAGUUGUGAAAAGAAAUAAUUUUAUUGUAUGUAGAUGUGAAUUUACAAUAGCAUUUUAAUAUAUUUAUUCUUGAUUUUUUUUUAGCAAGUAACUUUAUUGACCAGUAAAAUAGUAAAAAGUAGAUAUAACUUAAUUAUUUUUGUGUAAUAAUGUAAAGUAAUCCUUUUUGCCCUGAUGUAAGUGCUAUUUUGUAUGCAAGAACACUUGUCUACCUACCUCAGUUGUUAGACUUUGGAACAUGUAUAAUAAAGAACCUAAUUAUAAAUGUACAAUGUUGAAAAACAUUUUCCUAUGUAAAAAUGUUUUGUCAAGACGUGGAGAUAGAUUUUUUUUUUACAAGGACUGAAGCAGUAAAUAUAACAGAUUUAA